GAAACCAGCGUUUCCUGUUCAACUUUUGUGUUGUGUGUUCUUCAGUUCAGGAAGAAGAGAGACUCUACUGGAGUCUGAUCGUCUCAUGCAUCAGCUGUGAUCAUGUUGUGUUAUUGGGGAGCGCAGGUCAGAGAUGGCUUCGAGCUGGUACAGCCUGACAAAAUUAAACAUGGCAAACGUGGUUUACGAUCCGUGUGUCCGAAAACAGCAGUUCAGGACAUGUCAGCUGGACAGGGUUUUGUUGGAUUUAUCCGGGAUGGGAAAGUCUGGGUCAUGAAACUGCGCAGUGGAGACAGUGAUCGUGAUGGAAAACUAAGGGAACUACAGCUAAAGGACAAAAUCAGACAGAUUGUCUGUGGAGGAGCUGGUGUGGUUCUUCUUUCUUAUGGAGGAAAAGUUCUCUUUAUGGACAAAUCUACUGUGUACUGCAGGCCUUUUAUAAGUCUGGAUAAGAAGCAGGUGAUUCAGAUCGCAUGUGGAGACCAUCAUUCAAUGGCACUAACUAAGGACAGUCAGUUGUUUGUAUGGGGUGAGAACUCUCACGGUCAGCUGGGUUUGAAGAAAGAUCAUCCCGGCUCUCCGUCUGCUCAACAUGUUGAGAGUCUGAGUGGGAUCCCAGUGGCUCAGAUCAGCGCUGGAGGAGACCACAGCUUUGUGUUGUCUCUCUCUGGAGUCGUGUUUGGAUGGGGAAAGAACUCUGCUGGACAGCUCGGCCUCGGAGACACUACAGACAGACACGUCCCAACGGCUGUGAAUAGUCUGAACCAGAAAAAAACUCUGUCCAUCUCAUGUGGAGGAGAACACACUGCCACCUUAUCAAAAGGUGGCGUAGUGUUCACAUUCGGAUCAGGAGGUUCUGGUCAGCUUGGGCACAACUCAUUUAAAGACGAACAUUAUCCGCGGGUGGUUGCUGAACUGUGGGGAUCUAAAGUGUCACACGUCACAUGUGGGAGACGUCACACGCUUGUAUCAAUCACAUCGUCAAAGCUGAUCUACUCAUUUGGAUGUUGGAUACAAGGGAACCCAGGAAAUAGCAAAACGAUCAAGAAGUCUGUGCCUUUCCCUGUGGAUCUUUCAUCCAAAUCUAAUCAUGAAUAUACGAUUGAAAAACUCGUUGCUGGGGAGAAUCAUUCCUUUGCCUUGUUUUUCAAAGAACUUGGGAAUGAGUCUGCAAAGUCUAAACCCAGUCCUAGAAAAGGGAUUUUGACAUUAAAUGACAGAAUGUUUGUGCAGUGGGUGUCUGAAGGAGACUUCAAUAAAUGGCCAGCAAUAAAGACGGAAAUAAAGCAAGUGUUCUCCUAUGCUGCCUGUUUGAAUGGAAGCUUUCUCAAAGCAAGUAAUGAUGAACAGGAUUUUGAGCUGGCUGAAAAAGCUUUUUCAAAGUUAUUUGAAAAAGAAAAUGAAAAGGUGAUAUUAAAGGUAGUGAAGGUGGUUAAACAGAUGUUGCGAUCUCUGAAUCCCAAUCCAACCGGUGAGGAAUCGCUUAGACUUUACACUCUCCUUCCUGAGCUCAUCAGACAUUUUCAGAAACAACAACGAGUUGAACUCGCUGAAGCUCUGGCCUCCAAAAUCCUUCAGCUGAAUCCUGACGUUUGCAAAGUUAUAGAGAUGUACUGGUUCGAACUCCCGGAUGAUCGCCUCAAAAGCCUGGUGAAGUUAUUUCGCAAAGCAUCUGCUGAGCUGAUUGGCCAGAUUUCUCGUGGUAAAAUAAAUCAGGACAUAAAUCACUUGGAGAACUUUUUGCAGAUCCUUCAGAGGAUCAAACAGGUCUGCUGCAGUGCCAACAGAGACAUCCCAGACAGGGAUUUCAUCGUUUUUGAGAUCAAUGAUCUACUAGAUACACUGCAGGUCACCAUUGAAGAGGACAUUAGAGUUUUGAAAAAUUACUAUAUUAGAACUAUUAAAACAUUAUUCAAGUUCCCUUUUGCGGCGGACACUGUAUCGAAACGGAGAAUGUUUCGUUUCUUGCAGGACGAACGGAUACGGCAAAGUCCAGACAGAUUCAUAUUCGAAGACAGUAUCAACAGGUUGUGCAUUAACAGAGAAUCAGUGUUGACGAAAACACUUGAGUAUCUCAGACAAAACACCCACUCAUUUUUCCAUCGACUGAAGGUGACAUUCAUUGGGGAGAAUGGAGUAGAUAUAAGGGGCUUAUCAGCAGAAUUCUUCUCCCUACUUUCCGAGUCUCUUCUGAAUUGGGAGAAGAAGGUGCUAGAAGUCCAUGAGAGUUCACUGGUUUGGUUCAAUCUUGAUAACAUGCAAGAUGAUAGUGACUUUUACUAUCUUGGCAUUAUCUGUGGAAUGGCGCUAUACAACCAUCAUUACUUGAACCUUCACUUCCCACUGGCCUUGUUCAGGAAACUCCUCAAGCUGAGUCCCACACUGAAUGACCUGGAAGAACUGUCUCCUGUGGAAGCCAGAAGUCUGAAAAGCCUUCUUGAGGAGGAUGAGGACGAAGUAGUGGAUAUGCUCUUUUUGGAUUUCAUGGUCAAAGGGGAAGAGCUCAUUCCAAAUGGAAAUCAAAUUCCAGUGACCAAAGCUAAUAGACAGAAGUAUGUGGAUUUGUAUGUCGACUUCGUUUUCAAUAAGUCAGUGAAGAAACAGUUUGAGCAUUUUUCAGAAGGUUUCUCUAAGGGCUGCCCGGUCGAUUUCUGGAGCGUUUUCCACCCUGAGGAACUCCAGGAGCUUCUCCACGGCUCUCCUAAAUACGAGUGGAGUGAGCUUCAGCAGUGUGCUUCCUAUGAAAGCUGUUCUGCCUCUCAUGAGCUCAUCAAGAACUUCUGGACUGUUUUCUUUGAGCUCUCUGAAGAGAACAAAAGGAAAUUUCUGAUGUUCCUGUAUGGAACGGACCGUGUACCUGUGGGAGGUUUCUCAAAGCGCUCUUUGAAGAUUUUCCAGUCAGACUGUCCUGAUGCAGAAGAUCGAUUUCCAGAGGCCCAGACCUGUUUUGGCAGACUAAUUCUUCCCAAAUACAGCGAUAUGGACACACUUCGCAACAAGCUAAUACACGCAAUCAGCUUUUGUGAGGUUUUUGGAGGAAGAAUGGGACUCGAUGGAAAGUUUAACACUUGCCGCAGAUGAUUAUGACACUGACGGGUUUCUACAGGAAUUUAAAGGCGGCGUUGAAAGCGAGACGACGCGGCCUCCGCCGCUAAAACUACCAGAGUCGGUACGAAUACCGGCAUCUCAGCUGUAUAAAGACCUUUUCAAACCGGAGAAGGGCAG